AGUUUAUUUACCAUCGAAACGACAGUAUUAAUGCAAGGAACGGACGCUCGCUCCGAGGACUCUGAGGUGUCUUCCUUGUCAACACUUGUCAACUGUCAACAACGGCCAUUGUCGUCGCGAUGAGCGCGGCUGUCAAGAGUUGUUAUAUACGUAAACUGGAAAAAUCACCGUCGAAUGUUUAUUUGCCGGACCAGACGCCGAUUUUCGUAGGACGCUCGCCGGAAACCGACAUCACGGACACGAAAUGUUCCCGGCGACAAGUUCGUUUAUGUGCAAACUAUGCGGAAGCCAUUGUCACAGUUCAACAAGUUGGCGAGCACGCCUGUGGUUUCAAUGGUUUUAAAACUCAGAAGGAUGUAAGAUUUGUAGCAAGGCACAACGAUCGUUUGGAGCUGUUGUACGGCAAGUAUGCCUACGAGAUUGAAUUCAAUCCACCGCCAUGUGCAAAGAAUUUUGUAUUGAAAAAAAGGUCUUAUGAGCUAGAAACAGAUGAUACUGAAAAUAGAACAAAAAUGUUAAAGCUGAAUAAUUACUCUGAUGAAGAAUUGAGAAAUGAUAGAGAAGAAGAAGAAAAAUCGACUUCAAAUGAUGUUUGUUUCAACCAGAAAGCAUUCACUGCUGGAUCUAGCACACUCUCCGAAAAAAGCAAUAAUGAUUCAAGUGCAUCUGCAAAGUGGGAUAGUAUUGACAAUGGAAAUUUAUUAAUUUAUACACCAUUUGUUCAACAUCGAUCAAAAAUAGCUGCGUAUGAUAUGGAUGGUACUUUAAUAAAGACCAAAUCUGGCUUGGUGUUUCCAAAGGACUGUAACGAUUGGCAACUGCUAUAUCCUGAUGUACCUGGUAAAUUGAAGCAGCUUCAUACGAAUGGAUACAAAAUAAUAAUCUUCACAAACCAAGCUGGGCUUAGCACUGGUAAAUUUAAGAUCAGCGAUUUCAAGCUCAAAAUUGAAAAUAUCGUACGGAAAAUGAAUGUUCCCAUUCAGGUUUUUAUUGCCGUGGGAAAAAGUAUUUAUAGAAAACCAAGAAUCGGUAUGUGGGAAUUGUUGGAAAAAGAGAAUGGAAAUAUUACGAUUGACAAAGCUAACUCAUUCUACGUCGGCGACGCCGCUGGUCGGCCAAAGAAUUGGGCUCCGGGAAAGAAGAAAGAUCAUUCAAGCGCGGAUCGAUUAAUGGCAUUGAAUUUGGGUAUCAAAUUCGAAACACCAGAGGAACACUUUCUGAAGCAUAAAACGCCGCCUUACGAAUUGCCCAAAUUCAACCCGAAAAAUUUUUCGCAAACUGACGAUCUGUACAAACCCGUAAACGCGAAAUUAACGCUACAACAGCAAGAGAUGAUACUUAUGGUCGGCAGUCCAGGCUCUGGGAAAUCGCAUUUUGUAAAGAAUUACUUGAAGGAAUAUGAACAUGUCAAUAGAGAUACUUUAGGCAGCUGGCAGAAGUGCAUAGCUGCAGUCGAGCAAUAUUUAAAUCAAGGAAAAAGCGUAGUUAUAGACAAUACUAAUCCUGAUCCUGCCUCAAGACGAAGGUAUACAGAGAUAUCAAAGAAACGAAACGUUCUCAUUAGAUGUUUUAUUAUGACGACAAGUAUAGAGCACGCAAAGCAUAAUAAUAAGUUUCGCGAGUUGACUGAUCCAAGCCACAUUCCGGUCAACGAAAUCAUAAUAAAUUCUUACAUGAAAAAUUAUGUGCCACCAACUUUGGAAGAAGGCUUCAAGGAAAUAGUAGAAAUCAAUUUUAUUCCAAGUUUUCGUAAUGAGCAGGAUCGAAAGCUCUACGAAAUGUACUUACUUGAAAAUUGAAUUAGAUGAUUUGAAUUCUUGCUUAUACCUAAACAAAUAGUUAAUUAUGCAUAAUGUAAAUUGAAAUUUGUCGCUUAUCACGCACUUAUUUUUAAUAUAAUAACACCAGCAAUCAUUGCGAUCUAUUUACGAGUCAUGAUCCUUUCAAAUAAUUAAAAUUUCACUGUAGAAUGUCGGAAUUUUACAUUAAACUGUUAACAAAAAUUUUAAUCAUA